GUACAAACGAACACCAAUUAUAUCGUAAAUGCAUCAUGCUUUCGAUUCGUUCGAGCACUACGCAUCCUCGUGUAUAUAAGUGUUUUACGCGAGAGAUAUGGAUUUUUAAGUCUCCAUGAUCGUUUAGUCGCAUAUCCAAUUCCGCGUGGUAUCGUUCGAUCAUUUAUAUCGCUGUUCGUUGCAGCCAGCUGCGUCCAGGUUCCAUCCACCGUGAGUCGUCGACGAUCGAAGCCGGCGCGGAUCGACAAUUCUGCCGACAAAACGGCAGCUUGAAGACUCGACCUUUACCGCUGCACAAUGCUGUACGAAGGGCAAUGCGAAGAAUGACUUGCGAUGCAACUGCUGCGUCAGAUGCGUCUAGAGAUUGACUCAACCGUAGAGAUCGCGUGUAUUUUCAGCCUCGAUCAUUGAUACCAGCAAAAAUGGACACUCUGAUGAAGGAAAUAGAAACGAUGAAGCUUAACAGUAGUCAUUUCGAUGACAUUCUAUUGUCACCGUGCAUGGAGUCGACGCAAAAGAGUUUCGCACCACAAAGAACGAUUGGACUAGAACGUCAAUGCGAGGAGGCGGAUUUUAAGGAAUUCAAACUCAUCAUGAACAGAAAUCUGUCUAGAGUCCAGUCCAUUCUGAACGCUACCGUGUGGAACUUCCCUCUGAAGCAGAAUAUGCGGCAGCGACCUACAGAAAUGGCGAGGCUUGGUAUCCAUUUGUUGCUACUCUUUGGUGAACACAGCGAGGAGAAUAUUUGGAACACGGCCGAAAGCGUCUUUAUUACCAAACAAAUAAUCAAUCUUUUUUGUAAAUUGUUUGAGUGUCAAAGCAUCCCGCAGUUUCUAUCGGGUCAUGAAAUUUUGAGUAAUCUGCUGCUGACGCUUAGACCUAAGUUAUUAAAGGAUACAUGGAAAACUUAUCCAUCAGCUGUGGCAUCUUACAGGUGGAUCUUGCAAGAAGCAGAGAAACCAAUAUUGUUUGAUCACAUUAAGGAUGUCUUACCUACUGCAUUACUCCUCCUUGACGAUUAUUAUCCUGACAACGUAGUGAUAGGCUUAGAAUGUACAUACCAGAUUAUACAGCACUCUCACAUGAAAAAGGGAUUUAUAGACUGCGGUUAUGCCAAAGUGAUCUAUCAUGCUCUGGAAAUGUUGUCCCGCCAAAAAGAAGUACGGUACAUUGUUCCUCUGUACACUUGCAUGGCUAGUCUCUUAGCCACCAUGGAACACUGGGACAAUACUAUAAAUCUAUUGGAGUGGACAACGCGCGACGACGUCCUUUCCAUUUUGAUAGAUAACAUAGAGUUCGAGCAGAAUAUCGAAUUACGACACGCGUACAUGUCAAGCCUGCCUCAACUCAUUACAAAUAUAGGCUGUGCCAAAUGGUGCGAAGCGCUCGUUCGCGUGCUUACGGAGUCCUGCGGACAUCAUACAGAUUUGAGGACGUUGAAGGCAACGUUGGAGGCCGCAAAGACGUUUCUUUUGAUGUUUCACCUGCGAAUGGCGACACACUGCGCACCGCUGUACACUGCAUUUUUGAAGUUGCAUUCCGACCUGACGGAGACGCCGGUGUUCGACCGAGCAAUCAUGCAAAAUCUGGAGGAUUGCAUCUGCAUGUUGUAUCAGAUAUCGCCAGAUGUGGGAUGUAUGGUAAUGAAUGAUGAUCGAAUACGUUCGAUAUUUAACAGUAGUUUACCGGUCGUGGGCCAGGAUGGUGAUAUCAAGUAUUUCGAAUAA